AUGAGAAGUUGGCUUCUGCCCUGGAUUGUUGGAGUCAACGCGGUAAGCUUCCUCCGGCAACAAAGCAAUGUAGAGAGAGCCCAGGACGGGGCAAUCGCAUCGCGAAUGUCCCUUGUGCAGGCAGACCUCGCUAAGGAAGUCUUGGCGAGGGAUGGAUUUGAAGUGAGCAGGUCUAUCGGUAGCCUCGUGAGUCCAUGGUCCUCCCACCCAGCUCCGGCGCCGGCUCCUGCCCCAGCCUUCUUUUCGCCGGCCUUCGCGCCAGCCUUUGCACCAUCCUUUGCGCCUGCCUUGGCUCCGGCUCCCGCAUGGUCGCCCGCUGCAUCACCCCUGUGGUCACCAGUCCCGGCACCCAGUCCUGCACCGGGCCCUGCGCCCGGGCCUGCACCUGGCCCUGCACCUGCACCAGCGAUCGUGGUUGCAGCCUCCCCUACCGCAGGGUCCAUCCCCCUGGAUGUGGCCGCCUAUGCGCCGGCCUUCGCGCCUGGCGGCGAGACGGUCGACUUCUUGGAGAAGAUCUUUGGGUUGGACUACUACAUGCUUGUGGCCAAGCCUGGGCUGAAGACCUCCAUGGAGGAGGCGAUGAAGCUUGUUAUGGCCACGGAGGUAGGGCAUGGCUUGCAGGCAGGUGACAUCCAGAUGAAUCUGCUUGCCGGCGAUGGCGCAGUCAUUGUGGAGGCCAGCAUCACUGUACUGGCAGCCUAUAGCGCAUCUUCCAUCAGGACGAAGCUGUGCAGCAGCACUGAUUUGGAAACUAAGUUGGAAGCUGCGCUGAGACAACUUCAGCUGGAUCAGGUCACCACAGGCCGUCGAGCCCAGCUGGGCUGUGGGGAGAACCUUUUGACCGGGUGGACACUGGAAUUUGACGAUUGCCGGCAAAUUGUGGUCCAAAGUGGACAAGCUGUUCCAUUUCGGGUUGAUCCAACAGCCUGGCCGGAAGUGCGCACUGCACUUCUGAGGUGCUUCCAUGAAACCCUUGAGCCUCGCAGCUCAUUGGAUGGUCAGAUUCUGAUUCUCCGAGAGGGCCCAAAGGACAAGAUGGCCUUCCUAGCAGCGAUCAAAGGCCUGCGUGAGAAAGACAAGGCCAAGGAUCGCCGAAAGAAAGCCAAGAAAUGCAGCUCGAGCCGCAGCCCGAGCGUCCGGAAGGAACGAAAAAAGGAUAUCAAGCGAAAGCGGGAGCAAAGCAGGUCCAGAGAUGAGUCAUCAGGCUCACCGUCUCCCGCCCCGAAGAAAGAGCUGGUGACCGCCAGCGGCUUCGGCGCACCCCUAGCGCUGCCUGUGAACAGCAUCGUCCCGGCAGCCGUGGGCGCGAGCGACGUCAUUGGCGUCUUCUGCCGCUCUGCUGGUGCGGACCAGAACUCGGAGCAAGCUUUGAGAGCGUUGCCAGUUCAUUUGCAACAGCUGGUGAUGGCGGAAGGCUCCAUUGCAGGCCUCAAUCCCUCUGCCGUGCUCAUGGGAAGGAUACGAAAGGUCCUAGUGGGCCUGCUUUUGCUGGGCCGCGCAGAAACCUCCGUUGAAAAGCACAGCCUGAGACAGGCCGCCAAAGUGGAUGCUGCCACCUUUAAGGCGCAAAUAAGAGACGCCAUGGAUGAGGCAUUGGGUUGUGGCGGCGAGAUUAGCGAGCAGCAUUUGAAAACCAUUGAGGAGGUGCUGCACCCCAUGUACAUCACCCUGCCGAAGAACAGCGACGGCCGGAUCGAGCGACGAUCCCUCAGGUACUUGGCCUAUCGCUACUUUCACAGGAAGUCUGCCUUGGUUGUCCAUGGCUUUGAGCCCACGAGGGUGGUCAAUGAAUCCAGUUGGGGAGUGGCACAGAUUCUUAGUGAGCAGGUGCCGGGCUUCGUAGAGGCAGUGCUUCAGUCGGCCCACGCGAACGAGCACGGCUUCGACCUCCGGGACGCGGCGCUGAUGGUCGGUACCUUGGAGCAGCUGAUCUUCGAUUCCGAGAGCACCCUGCUCGAGAAGGCCCGCGACCUCAGGAAAGCCGAUGUUCCAGAGGAGGAGAAGAAGAAGGUCAAGAAAGAGAAGGUUGCUAAAGCAAGGGCUGCACCCAAGAAAGAUGACAAAGCCAAGUCAGCAAAGGCUGUGAAGAAGGAGAAGAAAUCUAAGGGGCCCAAGGGGCUUAAGGCAAAAAGCGCCAAAGAAGCCAAGGCCAAGGCCAAGGCCAAAGCAAAGGUGAAGAAAGAGUUGAAGGUGAAAGCUAAGGCCAAGGACUCCAAGCCGAAGGCCAAGCCAAAGGCAAAAGCAAAGAUCAAGUUGAAGCUUGAGAAAGUGCGAAGCAGCAUCCAGAAGAGGAGGGAGUGA